AUGAGAAGCGAAGGAACAAUUACGAUAGAUUGUGAACCCCUCGUCGCUACCGCAUAUGGCGCUGUCGUCGGAGCUCUUCCCGGCGGUGUGGUAGGAAUGCUUAUGCCCUCAGUGUUCCGUCACUUUCGAGUCCUAGCCCCACCACUGACUCGAGAUCAGUUUGCUGGUUUGUUUGCUCGGGAGUGCGCAGCAAUUAGCGCUUCAGGGUUUGGUAUCAAUUCCCUGCUGAGAGGCAACGAUGACCUUAAGUCUCGAUUGCUCUUAGGAUCAGGUGCUGGGUUGGCAUACCCUUUGGUGACACGCGGCUUGAAAGUCCGACCUCCACACCUACUCUCCUACGCUGCUGCUUACGCUGUUAUGUCUGCAGCAAUGUAUAAGAUGAAUCAAAUAAUCAUAGCAAAAAGUGAACGUUCCACCAGCGGCAAGGCUUUUGAUACUUGA